AGCUCAAUGAUUUACUACAGGAUGACUCCUGUAAAUUAACCAUCAGAUAUUUGAAAUGUCCUGCUGCACAGGAAGCGUGUGAGUAUCUCACUAAAGUUCUGGGUAAAAGUCCAUUAUUACUGACAGAACUGGAUCUGAGUGAAGAUAAAUUAGGAGAUCUGGAUUGGGAGAAUCUCUCUGCUCUUUUGAUGGACUCUCAUAGUAAAGUGGAGAAAAUCAAGCUGAAUAAUUGUGGUCUGACAGAGAAAAGCUGUUCAGUUUUAGCUACUGUUCUCUCCUCCAAAACCAUCCUGAAAGAGCUGAACCUGAACAAGAGCCGUCUGCUGGACUCAGGAGUCAAAGAGAUCUGUGAGGGACUGAAGAAUGCUGUGUGUGAGCUGAAGAUACUCAAACUUUCAGACUGCAGUAUCACAGAAGAAGGUUAUAAAGCUCUGGCUUCAGCUCUGAGAUCAAACCCUCUAUCACACCUGAUAGAGCUGGAUCUCACAGGAAAUGAUCCUGGACAAUCAGGAGUGAAGGAGCUCAAUGAUUUACUACAGGAUCCAGACUGUCAACUCAAGACACUGAGGUUGUUACAAAGUCCUGAUGCAGAAGAAGCCUGUAAAUAUCUGACUGAAGAUCUUCACAUUAAAAACCUGUUACUUCUGAGAGAGCUGAAUCUGAGUGGAUGUGAACUAGGAGACACACGAGUGAAUCAGAUCGCUGCUCUACUGCAGGAUAAACACUGUACAGUCAACAGACUGAUGAUGCGUGAUUGUGGUCUAACAGAGAAAAGCUGUUCAGCUCUCGCUACAGUCCUGAGAUCAAACUCCAGUCUGAAAGAGCUUGACAUCAGCAACAAUAAUCUGCAGAAUUCAGGAGUGAAGAAACUCCAGAAGGGAUUAGAAAAUAUAAACUGCACACUGGAGAAACUCAGACUUUCAGACUGCAGUAUCACAGAAGAAGGUUAUAAAGCUCUGGCUUCAGCUCUGAGAUCAAACCCUUCACACCUGAUAGAGCUGGAUCUCACAGGAAAUGAUCCUGGACAAUCAGGAGUGAAGGAGCUUGAUGAUUUACUACAGAAUCAGAACUGUCAACUCAAGACACUGAGGUUUUUGGGUCCUGCUGCAGAUAAAGCCUGUCAGUAUGUGAGAGGAAUUGUGGGUAAAAACCCAUUAAUUCUGAGAGAGCUGAAUCUGAGUGAAUGUGAACUAAAAGACACACGAGUGCAUCAGAUCGCUGCUCUACUGAAGGAUAAACACUGUAAACUCAACACACUGAUUCUGAAUAACAGUGAUAUCACAUCAGAAGAUUGUCGUGUUCUGACUGAAGCUUUAAAUACAAACCCGUCAAAUCUGACAGAGCUGAAUCUGAGUGGGACUAAACUCAGAGACUCAGGAAUGAAGAUCUUAUUGACUCUGUUUGAGAAUGAACAGUGUAGACUGAAAAAGCUGAAGUUUAACUGCAUCAGUAUUACAGCAGAAGGUUGUGCUGCUCUGACUAAAGCUUUUAAUUCAAGCCCUUCAAACCUGAUAGAGCUGGAUCUGAGUGGAAAUAAACUAGGAGACUCUGGAGUAACACAAAUCUCCAAUGUACUUGGAAAUCCACAGUGUGCACUACAGAUACUCAGACUUUCAGACUGCAGUAUCACAGAAGAAGGUUAUAAAGCUCUGGCUUCAGCUCUGAGAUCAAACCCUUCACACCUGACAGAGCUGGAUCUCACAGGAAAUGAUCCUGGACAAUCAGGAGUGAAGGAGCUCGAUGAUUUACUACAGGAUCAGAAGUGUCAGCUCAAGACACUGAGGUUUUUGGGUCCUGAAGCAGAUAAAGCCUGCCAGUAUGUGAGAGGAAUUGUGGGUAAAAACCCGUUACUCCUGAGAGAGCUGAAUCUGAGUGGACGUAAACUAGGAGACACACAAGUGAAUCAGAUCGCUGCUCUACUGCAGGACAAACACUGUACAGUCAACACACUGAUGAUGAAUAAUAACAGUAUUACAGCAGAAGGUUGUGCUGCUCUGACUUCAGCGCUUAAUUCAAACCCUUCAAACCUAAUAGAGCUGGAUCUGAGUGGAAAUAAACUAGGAGACUCAGGAAUUGAGAAGAUCUGUCUUCUGUUGAAAAAUACACAAUGCAGAUUAGAGAAACUGAAACUUUCAGACUGCAGUAUCAGUGAAGAAGGUUAUAAAGCUCUGGCUUCAGCUCUGAGAUCAAACUCUUCACACCUGAUAGAGCUGGAUCUCACAGGAAAUGAUCCUGGACAAUCAGGAGUGAAGGAGCUCAAUGAUUUACUACAGAAUGACUCCUGUAAAUUAACCAUCAGGUUUUUGAAAAGUCCUGCUGCGCAGAAAGCAUGCGAGUAUCUCACUAAAGUUCUGGGUAAAAGUCCAUUAUUACUGACAGAACUGGAUCUGAGUGAAGAUAAAGUAGGAGAUCUGGGUGGAGAAAAGCUUUCUGAUCUUUUGAUGGACUCUCAUAGCAAAGUCGUGAAAAUCAAGCUGAAUAAUUGUGAGCUGACAGAGAAAAGCUGUUCAGUUCUAGCUACUGUUCUCUCCUCCAAAACCAUCCUGAAAGAGCUGAACCUGAACAACAGCCGUCUGCUGGACUCAGGAGUCAGAAAGAUCUGUGGGGGACUGAAGAAUGCUGUGUGUGAGCUGGAGAUACUCAAACUUUCAGACUGCAGUAUCACAGAAGAAGGUUAUAAAGCUCUGGCCUCAGCUCUGAGAUCAAACCCUUCUCACCUGAUAGAGCUGGAUCUCACAGGAAAUGAUCCUGGACAAUCAGGAGUGAAGGAGCUCGAUGAUUUACUACAGGAUCAGAACUGUCAACUCAAGACACUGAGGUUGUUACAAAGUCCUGAUGCAGAAAAAGCCUGUAAAUAUCUGACUGAUGAUCUUCACAUUAAAAACCCGUUACUCCAGAGAGAGCUGAAUCUGAGUGGAUGUGAACUAGGAGACACACGAGUGAAUCAGAUCGCUGCUCUACUGAAGGAUAAACACUGUAAACUCAACACACUGACGCUGCGUGAUUGUGGUCUAACAGAGGAAAGCUGUUCAGCUCUCGCUACAGUCCUGAUAUCAAACUCCAGUCUGAAAGAGCUUGACAUCAGCAACAAUAAUCUGCAGGAUUCAGGAGUGAAGAAACUCCAGAACGCAUUAGAAAAUACAAACUGCACACUGGAGAAACUCAGACUUUCAGACUGCAGUAUCAGAGAAGAAGGUUAUAAAGCUCUGGCUUCAGCUCUGAGAUCAAACCCUUCACACCUGAUAGAGCUGGAUCUCACAGGAAAUGAUCCUGGACAAUCAGGAGUGAAGGAGCUUGAUGAUGUACUACAGGAUCAGAACUGUCAGAAGACACUGAGGCUGAAUAAUAACAGUAUUACAGCAGAAGGUUGUGCUGCUCUGACUUCAGCGCUUAAUUCAAACCCUUCAAACCUGAUAGAGCUGGAUCUGAGUGGAAAUAAACUAGGAAACUCAGGAAUUGAGGAGAUCUGUCCUCUGUUGAAAAAUACACAAUGCAAAAUGGAAAAACUGAAACUUUCAGACUGCAGUAUCACAGAAGAAGGUUAUAAAGCUCUGGCUUCAGCUCUGAGAUCAAACCCUUCACACCUGAAAGAGCUGGAUCUCACAGGAAAUGAUCCUGGACAAUCAGGAGUGAAGGAGCUUGAUGAUUUACUACAGGAUAAACGCUGUUCAUUAAAGACCAUCAGGUUUCUGAAAAGUCCUGCUGCACAGGAAGCGUGUGAGCAUCUCACUAAAGUUCUGGGUAAAAGUCCAUUAUUACUGACAGAACUGGAUCUGAGUGAAGAUAAAUUAGAAGAUCUGGAUGGAGAGAAGCUCUCUGAUCUUUUGAUGGACUCUCAUAGCAAAGUGGUGAAAAUCAAGCUGAAUAAUUGUGAGCAGACAGAGAACAGCUGUUCAGUUCUAGCUACUGUUCUCUCCUCCAAAACCAUCCUGAAAGAGCUGAACCUGAACAACAGCCGUCUGCUGGACUCAGGAGUCAAUGAGAUCUGUGAGGGACUGAAGAAUCCUGUGUGUGAGCUGGAGAUACUCAAACUUUCAGACUGCAGUAUCACAGAAGAAGGUUAUAAAGCUCUGGCUUCAGCUCUGAAAUCAAACCCUUCACACCUGAUAGAGCUGGAUCUCACAGGAAAUGAUCCUGGACAAUUUGGAGUGGAGCACCUCAUUAAUGUACAAAAGACUUUCUGCCGUUCACUGAAAACACUGAGGAUAUUACAAAGCCCUGCAGCAGAUGAAGCCUGUCAGUAUGUGAGAGAAACUUUGGGUAAAAAUCCGUUAUUCCUCAGUGAGCUGAAACUGAGUGGAGAUAAAGUAGGAGACACACGAGCGAAUCAGAUUGCUGCUUUACUGCAGGACAAACACUGUACAGUCAACACACUGAUACUGCGUAAUUGUGGUCUAACAGAGGAAAGCUGUUCAGCUCUUGCUGCAGUCCUGAGAUCAAACUCCAGUCUGAAAGAGCUUGACAUCAGCAACAAUAAUCUGCAGGAUUCAGGAGUGAAGAAGCUCCAGAACGGAUUAGAACACAAAAACUGCACACUGGAGAAACUCAGACUUUCAGACUGCAGUAUCACAGAAGAAGGUUAUAAAGCUCUGGCUUCAGCUCUGAGAUCAAACCCUUCACACCUGAUAGAGCUGGAUCUCACAGGAAAUGAUCCUGGACAAUCAGGAGUGAAGGAGCUUGAUGAUGUACUACAGGAUCCAGGAUGUCAACUCAAGACACUGAGGUUUUUGAGUCCUCCUGCAGAUGAAGCCUGUCAGUUUAUGAACAAAGUUCUGGGUGAAAAUCUUUUACUCCUCAGAGAGCUAAAUCUGAGUGAACAUAAACUAGAACCCUCAGGAUUGAAGAAACUUGCUGCUGUACUGCCGGAUAAACACUGUAAGCUCAACACACUGAUUCUGAAUAACAGCAAUAUCACAGAUGAAGAUUGUCGUGUUCUGACUGAAGCUUUAAAUUCAAACCCAUCAAAUCUGACAGAGCUGAAUCUGAGUGGGACUGAACUGAGAGACUCAGGAUUGAAGAUCUUUUUUACGCUGUUCAAAAAUGAGCAGUGUCAACUGCAAAAGCUGAAGUUAAACUGCAGCAGUAUUACAGCAGAAGGUUGUUCUGUUCUGGCGUCAGCAUUUUGUUUAAACCUGAAAGAGCUGGAACUGAAUAAAAAUAAACUAGGAGACUCUGGAGUAACACAAAUCUCCACUCUACUGGGAAAUUCACAAUGUACACUGAAGAUACUCAGACUUUCAGACUGCAGUAUCAGUGAAGAAGGUUAUAAAUCUCUGGCUUCAGCUCUGAGAUCAAACCCUUCACACCUGAUAGAGCUGGAUCUCACAGGAAAUGAUCCUGGACAAUCAGGAGUGAAGGAGCUUGAUAAUUUACUACAGGAUCAGAAUUGUCAACUCAAGACACUGAGGUUUUUGAGUCCUCCUGCAGAUGAAGCCUGUCAGUUUAUGAACAAAGUUCUGGGUGAAAAUCUUUUACUCCUCAGAGAGCUGAAUCUGAGUGAACAUAAACUAGAACCCUCAGGAUUGAAGAAACUUGCUGCUGUACUGCCGGAUAAACACUGUAAGCUCAACACACUGAUUCUGAAUAACAGCAAUAUCACAGAUGAAGAUUGUCGUGUUCUGACUGAAGCUUUAAAUUCAAACCCAUCAAAUCUGACAGAGCUGAAUCUGAGUGGGACUGAACUGAGAGACUCAGGAUUGAAGAUCUUUUUUACGCUGUUCAAAAAUGAGCAGUGUCAACUGCAAAAGCUGAAGUUAAACUGCAGCAGUAUUACAGCAGAAGGUUGUUCUGUUCUGGCGUCAGCAUUUUGUUUAAACCUGAAAGAGCUGGAACUGAAUAAAAAUAAACUAGGAGACUCUGGAGUAACACAAAUCUCCACUCUACUGGGAAAUUCACAAUGUACACUGAAGAUACUCAGACUUUCAGACUGCAGUAUCAGUGAAGAAGGUUAUAAAUCUCUGGCUUCAGCUCUGAGAUCAAACCCUUCACACCUGAUAGAGCUGGAUCUCACAGGAAAUGAUCCUGGACAAUCAGGAGUGAAGGAGCUUGAUAAUUUACUACAGGAUCAGAAUUGUCAACUCAAGACACUGAGGUUUCUGAAAAGCCCUGCUGCACAGGAAGCGUGUGAGUAUCUCAUGAAAGUUCUGGGUAAAAGUCCAUUAUUACUGACAGAACUGGAUCUGAGUGACGAUAAAUUAGGAGAUCUGGAUGGGGAGAAGCUCUCUGCUCUUUUGAUGGACUCUCAUAGUAAAGUGGAGAAAAUCAAGCUGAAUAAUUGUGAGCAGACAGAGAACAGCUGUUCAGUUCUAGCUACUGUUCUCUCCUCCAAAACCAUCCUGAAAGAGCUGAACCUAAACAGUAGCCAUCUGCUGGACUCAGGAGUCAAUGAGAUCUGUGAGGGACUGAAGAAUCCUGUGUGUCAGCUGGAGAUACUCAAGCUCAGUGAGUGUUUUCUAACAAAGGAAAGCUGUUCAGCUCUGGCUUCAGUUCUCAGUUCAGACUCCAGCAGUCUGAAGGAUCUUGACCUGAGCAAUAAUCAGAAUUUACAGGAUUCGGGAGUGAAGCUGCUCUCUAAUGGACUGAAAGCAAACUGUAAACUGGAGAAACUCAUACUUUCAAACUGCAGUAUCACAGAAGAAGGUUAUAAAUCUCUGGCUUCAGCUCUGAGAUUAAACCCUUCACACCUGAUAGAGCUGGAUCUCACAGGAAAUGAUCCUGGACAAUCAGGAGUGAAGGAGCUCAAUGAUUUACUACAGGAUCAGAACUAUCAACUCAAGACACUGAGGUUUUUGGGUCCUGCUGCAGAUGAAGCCUGUCAGUACGUGAGAGGAAUUGUGGGUAAAAAUCCGUUACUCCUGAGAAAGCUGAAACUGAGUGGAUGUGAACUAGGAGACACACAAGUGAAUCAGAUUGCUGCUCUACUGCAGGAUAAACACUGUACAGUCAACAGACUGAUGCUGAAUAAUAACAGUAUUACAGCAGAAGGUUGUGCUGCUCUGACUUCAGCGUUUAAUUCAAACCCUUCAAACCUGAUAGAGCUGGAUCUGAGUGGAAAUAAACUAGGAAACUCUGGAAUAAUGAAGAUCUGUCAUCUGUUGGAAAAUACACAAUGCAGAUUGAUGAAACUGAAACUUUCAGACUGCAAUAUCACAGAAGAAGGAUAUAAAACUUUGACUUCAUCUCUGAAAUCAAACUCAAACCUGAUAGAACUGGAUCUCACAGCAAAUAAUCCUGGACGAUCAGGAGUGGAGGGGCUCAUUGAUUUACUGCGUCUUGAAUGCUGUAAAUUAAAGACCAUCAGGUUUCUGAAAAGUCCUGCUGCACAGGAAGCGUGUGACUAUCUCACUGAAGUUCUGGGUAAAAGUCCAUUAUUACUGACAGAACUGGAUCUGAGUGAAGAUAAAUUAGGAGAUCUGGAUGGAGAGAAACUCUCUGCUCUUUUGAUGGACUCUCAUAGCAAAGUGGAGAAAAUCAAGCUGAAUAAUUGUAAGCUGAUAGAGAAAAGCUGUUCAGUUCUAGCCACUGUUCUCUCCUCCAAAACCAUCCUGAAAGAGCUGAACCUGAACAAUAGCCGUCUGCUGGACUCAGGAGUCAAAGAGAUCUGUGAGAGACUGAAGAAAUCAACACUGAAGAUACUCAAACUUUCAAACUGCAGUAUCACUGAAGAAGGUUAUAAAGCUCUGGCUUCAGCUCUGAAAUCAAACUCAAAUCUGUUAGAGCUGGAUCUCACAGGAAAUGAUCCUGGACGAUCAGGAGUGAAAGAACUCAUUGAUUUACAGAGUUGGUGGUAUUCGCUGAAAAGACUGAGGACUACAACACUGGUCUUCAAGUUUUUGGGUCCUGCUGCAGAUAAAGCCUGUCAGUAUUUGACUGGAAUUUUGGGUGAAAACCCGUUACUCCUGAGAGAGCUGAAUCUGAGUGGACGUAAACUAGGAGACACACGAGUGAAUCAGAUCGCUGCUCUACUGCAGGAUAAACACUGUAAACUCAACAAACUGAUGCUGCGUGAUUGUGGUCUAACAGAGGAAAGCUGUUCAGCUCUCGCUACAGUCCUGAGAUCAAACUCCAGUCUGAAAGAGCUUGACAUCAGCAAAAAUAAUCUGCAGGAUUCAGGAGUGAAGAAACUGCAGAAUGCAUUAGAAAAUACAAACUGCACACUGAAGAAACUCAGACUUUCAGACUGCCAUAUCAGAGAAGAAGGUUAUAAUGCUCUGGCUUCAGCUCUGAGAUCAAACCCUUCACACCUGAUAGAGCUGGAUCUCACAGGAAAUGAUCCUGGACAAUCAGGAGUGAAGGAGCUCAAUGAUUUACUACAGGAUGAGAAGUGUCAACUCAAGACACUGAGGUUUUUGGGUCCUGCUGCAGAUGAAGCCUGUCAGUACGUGAGAGGAAUUGUGGGUAAAAAUCCGUUACUCCUGAGUGAGCUGAAUCUGAGUGGAUGUGAACUAGGAGACACACAAGUGAAUCAGAUCGCUGCUCUACUGCAGGAUAAACACUGUACAGUCAACAGACUGAUGCUGAAUAAUAACAGUAUUACAGCAGAAGGUUGUGCUGCUCUGACUUCAGCGUUUAAUUCAAACCCUUCAAACCUGAUAGAGCUGGAUCUGAGUGGAAAUAAACUAGGAAACUCUGGAAUAAUGAAGAUCUGUCAUCUGUUGGAAAAUACACAAUGCAGAUUGAUGAAACUGAAACUUUCAGACUGCAAUAUCACAGAAGAAGGAUAUAAAACUUUGACUUCAUCUCUGAAAUCAAACUCAAACCUGAUAGAACUGGAUCUCACAGCAAAUAAUCCUGGACGAUCAGGAGUGGAGGGGCUCAUUGAUUUACUGCGUCUUGAAUGCUGUAAAUUAAAGACCAUCAGGUUUCUGAAAAGUCCUGCUGCACAGGAAGCGUGUGACUAUCUCACUGAAGUUCUGGGUAAAAGUCCAUUAUUACUGACAGAACUGGAUCUGAGUGAAGAUAAAUUAGGAGAUCUGGAUGGAGAGAAACUCUCUGCUCUUUUGAUGGACUCUCAUAGCAAAGUGGAGAAAAUCAAGCUGAAUAAUUGUAAGCUGAUAGAGAAAAGCUGUUCAGUUCUAGUCACUGUUCUCUCCUCCAAAACCAUCCUGAAAGAGCUGAACCUGAACAAUAGCCGUCUGCUGGACUCAGGAGUCAAAGAGAUCUGUGAGGGACUGAAGAAAUCAACACUGAAGAUACUCAAACUUUCAAACUGCAGUAUCACUGAAGAAGGUUAUAAAGCUCUGGCUUCAGCUCUGAAAUCAAACUCAAAUCUGUUAGAGCUGGAUCUCACAGGAAAUGAUCCUGGACGAUCAGGAGUGAAAGAACUCAUUGAUUUACAGAGUUGGUGGAAUUCGCUGACAAUACUGAGGACUACAACACUGGUCUUCAAGUUUUUGGGUCCUGCUGCAGAUGAAGCCUGUCAGUAUUUGACUGGAAUUGUGGGUGAAAACCCAUUACUCCUGAGAGAGCUGAAUCUGAGUGGACAUAAACUAGGAGACACACGAGUGAAUCAGAUUGCUGCUCUACUGCAGGAUAAACACUGUAAACUCAACAAACUGAUGCUGCGUGAUUGUGGUCUAACAGAGGAAAGCUGUUCAGCUCUCGCUACAGUCCUGAGAUUAAACUCCAGUCUGAAAGAGCUUGACAUCAGCAAAAAUAAUCUGCAGGAUUCAGGAGUGAAGAAACUGCAGAAUGCAUUAGAAAAUACAAACUGCACACUGGAGAAACUCAGACUUUCAGACUGCCAUAUCAGAGAAGAAGGUUAUAAUGCUCUGGCUUCAGCUCUGAGAUCAAACCCUUCACACCUGAUAGAGCUGGAUCUCACAGGAAAUGAUCCUGGACAAUCAGGAGUGAAGGAGCUCAAUGAUUUACUACAGGAUGAGAAGUGUCAACUCAAGACACUGAGGUUUUUGGGUCCUAAAGCAGAUAAAGCAUGUCAGUAUGUGAGAGAAAUUGUGACUGAAAACCCAUUACUCCUGAGAGAGCUGAAUCUGAGUGAACGUGAACUAGGAAACAUAAACGUGAAUCGAAUCGCUGCUCUACUGCAGGACAAACACUGUACAGUCAACACAGUGAUGCUGAAUAAUAACAGUAUUACAGCAGAAGGUUGUGCUGCUCUGACUUCAGCAUUUAAUUUAAACCCUUCAAACCUGAUAGAGCUGGAUCUGAGUGGAAAUAAACUAGGAAACUCAGGAAUUGAGAAGAUCUGUCAUCUGUUUAAAAAUACACAAUGCAGUUUGGAGAGACUGAAGCUGUGUGAUUGUGGUCUAACAGAGGAAAGCUGUUCAGCUCUCGCUACAGUCCUGAGAUCAAACUCCAGUCUGAAAGAGCUUGACAUCAGCAACAAUAAUCUGCAGGAUUCAGGAGUGAAGAAACUCCAGAACGCAUUAGAAAAUACAAACUGCACACUGGAGAAACUCAGACUGUCAGACUGCAGUAUCAGAGAAGAAGGUUAUAAAGCUCUGGCUUCAGCUCUGAGAUCAAACCCUUCACACCUGAUAGAGCUGGAUCUCACAGGAAAUGAUCCUGGACAAUCAGGAGUGAAGGAGCUUGAUGAUUUACUACAGGAUCAGAAGUGUCAACUCAAUACACUGAGGUUUUUGGGUCGUGAUGCAGAUGAAGCCUGCCAGUUUGUGAAUGGAAUUGUGGGUAAAAACCCGUUACUCCUGAGAGAGCUGAAUCUGAGUAAACGUGAACUAGGAGACAGAAAUGUGAAGCAGAUUGCUGCUCUACUGCAGGACAAACACUGUACAGUCAACACACUCCAGCUGAAUAAUAACAGUAUUACAGCAGAAGGUUGUGCUGCUCUGACUUCAGUGUUUAAUUCAAACCCUUCAAACCUGAUAGAGCUGGACCUGAGUGGAAAUAAACUGGGAGACUCCGGAAUAAAGAAGAUCUAUCAUCUGUUGGAAAAUACACAAUGCAAAAUGGAAAAACUGAAACUUUCAGACUGCAGUAUCACAGAAGAAGGUUAUAAAGCUCUGGCUUCAGCUCUGAGAUCAAACCCUUCACACCUGAUAGAGCUGGAUCUCACAGGAAAUGAUCCUGGACAAUCAGGAGUGAAGGAGCUCGAUGAUUUACUACAGGAUAAACGCUGUUCAUUAAAGUUCAUCAAGUUUCUGAAGAGUACUGCUGCAAUGGAGGCGUGCGAGUAUCUUACUAAAGUUCUGGGUAAAAGUCCAUUAUUACUGACAGAACUGGAUCUGAGUGAAGAUAAAUUAGGAGAUCUGGAUGGAGAGAAACUCUCUGCUCUUUUGAUGGACUCUCAUAGCAAAGUGGAGAAAAUCAAGUUGAAUAAUUGUGAGCUGACAGAGAAAAGCUGUUCAGUUCUAGCUACUGUUCUCUCCUCCAAAACCAUCCUGAAAGAGCUGAACCUGAACAAGAGCCAUAUGCUGGACUCAGGAGUCAAAGAGAUCUGUAAGGGACUGAAGAAAUCAAUGCUGAAGAUACUCAAGCUCAGUGAGUGUGAUCUAACAGAGGAAAGCUGUUCAGCUCUUGCUUCAGUUCUCAGUUCAGACUCCAGCUAUCUGAAGGAUCUUGACCUGAGUAAUAAUAAUCUCCAGGAUUCAGUAGUGAAGCUGCUCUCUGAUGGACUGACAAAUAACUGUAAACUGGAGAAUCUCAGACUUUCAGACUGCAGUAUCACAGAAGAAGGUUAUAAAGCUCUGGCUUCAGCUCUGAGAUCAAACCCUUCACACCUGAUAGAGCUGGAUCUCACAGGAAAUGAUCCUGGACAAUCAGGAGUGAAGGAGCUCAACGAUUUACUACAGGAUGACUCUUUUAAAUUAAGUCGCAUCAGAUAUUUGAAAUGUCCUGCUGCAGAGAAAGCGUGUGAGUAUCUCACUAAAGUUCUGGGUAAAAGUCCAUUAUUACUGACAGAACUGGAUCUGAGUGAAGAUAAAUUAGGAGAUCUGGAUUGGGAGAAUCUCUCUGCUCUUUUGAUGGACUCUCAUAGUAAAGUGGAGAAAAUCAAGCUGAAUAAUUGUGGUCUAACAGAGAAAAGCUGUUCAGUUCUAGCUACUGUUCUCUCCUCCAAAACCAUCCUGAAAGAGCUGAACCUGAACAACAGCCGUCUGCUGGACUCAGGAGUCAGAGAGAUCUGUGAGGGACUGAAGAAUGCUGUGUGUGAGCUGGAGAUACUCAAACUUUCAGACUGCAGUAUCACAGAAGAAGGUUAUAAAGCUCUGGCUUCAGCUCUGAGAUCAAACCCUUCACACCUGAUAGAGCUGGAUCUCACAGGAAAUGAUCCUGGACAAUCAGGAGUGAAGGAGCUCAACAGUUUUCUACAGGAUCCAAACUGUCAACUCAAGACACUGAGGUUGUUACAAAGUCCUGAUGCAGAAAAAGCCUGUAAAUAUCUGACUGAAGAUCUUCACAUUAAAAACCCGUUACUCCAGAGAGAGCUGAAUCUAAGUGGACAUGAACUAGGAGACACACGAGUGAAUCAGAUCGCUGCUCUACUGAAGGAUAAACACUGUACAGUCAACACACUGACGAUGCGUGAUUGUGGUCUAACAGAGAAAAGCUGUUCAGCUCUUGCUACAGUCCUGAGAUCAAACUCCAGUCUGAAAGAGCUUGACAUCAGCAACAAUAAUCUGCAGGAUUCAGGAGUGAAGAAACUCCAGAAGGGAUUAAAAAAUACAAACUGCACACUGGAGAAACUCAGACUUUCAGACUGCAGUAUCACAGAAGAAGGUUAUAAAGCUCUGGCUUCAGCUCUGAGAUCAAACCCUUCACACCUGAUAGAGCUGGAUCUCACAGGAAAUGAUCCUGGACAAUCAGGAGUGAAGGAACUCAAUGAUUUACUACAGGAUCAGAAGUGUCAACUCAAGACACUGAGGUUUUUGGGUCCUGCUGCAGAUGAAGCUUGUCAGUAUGUGAGAAAAAUUUUGGGUGAAAAUCUGUUACUCCAGAGAGAGCUGAAUCUGAGUGGAUGUGAACUAGGAGACACACGAGUGCAUCAGAUCGCUGCUCUACUGAAGGAUAAACACUGUAAACUCAACACACUGAUUCUGAAUAACAGUGAUAUCACAGCAGAAGAUUGUUGUGUUCUGACUGAAGCUUUAAAUACAAACCCGUCAAAUCUGACAGAGCUGAAUCUGAGUGGGACUAAACUCAGAGACUCAGGAAUGAAGAUCUUCUUGACUCUGUUUGAGAAUGAACAGUGUAGACUGGAAAAGCUGAAGUUUAACUGCAUCAGUAUUACAGCAGAAGGUUGUGCUGCUCUGACUAAAGCUUUUAAUUCAAACCUGAUAGAGCUGGAUCUGAGUGGAAAUAAACUAGGAAACUCUGGAGUAACUCAAAUCUCCACUCUACUGGGAAAUUCAGAGUGUGCACUGCAGAUACUCAGACUUUCAGACUGCAGUAUCACAGAAGAAGGUUAUAAAGCUCUAGCUUCAGCUCUGAGAUCAAACCCUUCACACCUGAUAGAGCUGGAUCUCACAGGAAAUGAUCCUGGGCAAUCAGGGGUGAAGGAGCUCAAUGAUUUACUACAGGAUCAGAAGUGUCAGCUCAAGACACUGAGGUUUUUGGGUCCUGAUGCAGAUAAAACAUGUGAGUUUGUGAGAGGAAUUGUGGGUGAAAACCCAGUACUUCUGAAAGAGCUGAAUCUGAGUGAUAAUGAACUAGGAGACAGACAAGUGAAUCAGAUCGCUGCUCUACUGAAGGAUAAACACUGUACAGUCAACACACUGAUGCUGAAUAAUAACAGUAUUACAGCAGAAGGUUGUGCUGCUCUGACUUCAGCAUUUAAUUCGAACCCUUCAAACCUGAUAGAGCUGGACCUGAGUGCAAAUAAACUAGGAAACUCUGGAAUAGAGAAGAUUUGUCAUCUGAUGAAAAAUACACAAUGCAGAUUAGAGAAACUGAAACUUUCAGACUGCAGUAUCACUGAAGAAGGUUAUAAAGCUCUGGCUUCAGUUCUGAGAUCAAACCCUUCACACCUGAAAGAGCUGGAUCUCACAGGAAAUGAUCCUGGACAAUCAGGAGUGAAGCAGCUCAGUGAUUUACUACAGGGUGACUCCUGUAAAUUAACCAUCAGGUUUUUGAAAAGUCCUGCUGCACAGGAAGCAUGUGAGUGUCUCACUAAAGUUCUGGUUAAAAGUCCAUUAUUACUGACAGAACUGGAUCUGAGUGAAGAUAAAUUAGGAGAUCUGGAUGGAGAGAAACUCUCUGCUCUUUUGAUGGACUCUCAUAGCAAAGUGGAGAAAAUCAAGCUGAAUAAUUGUGAGCAGACAGAGAAAAGCUGUUCAGUUCUAGCUACUGUUCUCUCCUCCAAAACCAUCCUGAAAGAGCUGAACCUGAACAACAGCCGUCUGCUGGACUCAGGAGUCAGAGAGAUCUGUGAGGGACUGAAGAAUCCUGUGUGUGAGCUGGAGAUACUCAAACUUUCAGACUGCAGUAUCACAGAAGAAGGUUAUAAAGCUCUGGCUUCAGCUCUGAGAUCAAACCCUUCACACCUGAUAGAGCUGGAUCUCACAGGAAAUGAUCCUGGACAAUCAGGAGUGAAGGAGCUUGAUGAUUUACUACAGGAUCCAAACUUUCAGCUCAAGACACUGAGGUUGUUACAAAGUCCUGAUGCAGAUGAAGCCUGUAAAUAUCUGACUGAAGAUCUUCACAUUAAAAACCUGUUACUCCUGAAAGAGCUGAAUCUAAGUGGACAUGAACUAGGAGACACACGAGUGAAUCAGAUCGCUGCUCUACUGAAGGAUAAACACUGUAAACUCAACACACUGAUGCUGUGUAAUUGUGGUCUAACAGAGGAAAACUGUUCAGCUCUCGCUACAGUCCUGACAUCAAACUCCAGUCUGAAAGAGCUUGACAUCAGCAACAAUAAUCUGCAGGAUUCAGGAGUGAAGAAACUCCAGAACGGAUUUGAAAAUACAAACUGCACACUGGAGAAACUCAGACUGUCAGACUGCAGUAUCAGUGAAGAAGGUUAUAAAGCUCUGGCUUCAGCUCUAGGAUCAAACCCUUCACACCUGAUAGAGCUGGAUCUCACAGGAAAUGAUCCUGGACAAUCAGGAGUGAAGGAGCUUGAUGAUUUACUACAGGAUCCAAACUGUAAACUCAAGACACUGAGGUUUUUGGGUCCUGAAGCAGACAAAGCCUGUCAGUAUAUAAGAGGAAUUGUGGGUGAAAACCCGUUACUCCUGAGAGCGCUGAAUCUGAGUGAACGUAAACUAAGAGACACACGAGUGAAUCAGAUCGCUGCUCUACUGAAGGAUAAACACUGUACAGUCAACACACUGAUGCUGAAUAAUAACAGUAUUACAGCAGAAGGUUGUGUUGCUCUGACUUCAGCAUUUAAUUCAAACCCUUCAAACCUGAAAGAGCUGGAUCUGAGUGGAAAUAAACUCAGAAAUUUAGGAAUAAAGAAGAUCUGUCAUCUGUUGGAAAAUAUACAAUGCAGAUUAGAGAAACUGAAACUUUCAGACUGCAGUAUCAGUAAAGAAGGUUAUAAAGCUCUGGCUUCAGCUCUGAGAUCAAACCCUUCACACCUGAUAGAGCUGGAUCUCACAGGAAAUGAUCCUGGACAAUCAGGAGUGAAGGAGCUUCAUGAUUUACUGCAUGAUGAACACUGUAAAUUAACCAUCAGGUUUUUGAAAAGUCCUGCUGCACUGGAAGCGUGUGAGUAUCUCACUAAAGUUCUGGUUAAAAGUCCAUUAUUACUGACAGAACUGGAUCUGAGUGAAGAUAAAUUAGGAGAUCUGGAUGGAGAGAAACUCUCUGCUCUUUUGAUGGACUCUCAUAGCAAAGUGGAGAAAAUCAAGCUGAAUAAUUGUGAGCAGACAGAGAAAAGCUGUUCAGUUCUAGCUACUGUUCUCUCCUCCAAAACCAUCCUGAAAGAGCUGAACCUGAACAACAGCCGUCUGCUGGACUCAGGAGUCAGAGAGAUCUGUGAGGGACUGAAGAAUCCUGUGUGUGAGCUGGAGAUACUCAAACUUUCAGACUGCAGUAUCACAGAAGAAGGUUAUAAAGCUCUGGCUUCAGCUCUGAGAUCAAACCCUUCACACCUGAUAGAGCUGGAUCUCACAGGAAAUGAUCCUGGACAAUCAGGAGUGAAGGAGCUCAAUGAUUUACUACAGUAUCCAGAGUGUCAACUCAAGACACUUAGGUUGUUACAAAGUCCUGAUGCAGAAGAAGCCUGUAAAUAUCUGACUCAAGAUCUUCACAUUAAAAACCUGUUACUCCUGAGAAAGCUGAAUCUAAGUGGACAUGAACUAGGAGACACACGAGUGGAUCAGAUCGCUGCUCUACUGAAGGAUAAACACUGUAAACUCAACACACUGAUGAUGCGUGAUUGUGGUCUAACAGAGGAAAGCUGUUCAGCUCUCGCUACAGUCCUGACAUCAAACUCCAGUCUGAAAGAGCUUGACAUCAGCAACAAUAAUCUGCAGGAUUCAGGAGUGAAGAAACUCCAGAACGCAUUAGAAAAUACAAACUGCACACUGGAGAAACUCAGACUGUCAGACUGCAGUAUCAGUGAAGAAGGUUAUAAAGCUCUGGCUUCAGCUCUAAGAUCAAACCCUUCACACCUGAUAGAGCUGGAUCUCACAGGAAAUGAUCCUGGACAAUCAGGAGUGAAGGAGCUUGAUGAUUUACUACAGGAUCCAAACUGUAAACUCAAGACACUGAGGUUUUUGGGUACUGAAGCAGACAAAUCCUGUCAGUAUGUGAGAGGAAUUGUGGAUAAAAACCCGUUACUCCUGAGAGAUCUGAAUCUGAGUGAACGUGAACUAGGAGACAGAAAUGUGAAUCAGAUCGCUGCUCUACUGCAGGAUAAACACUGUAAACUCAACACACUGAUGAUGAAUAAUAACAGUAUUACAGCAGAAGGUUGUGCUGCUCUGACUUCAGCGUUUAAUUCAAACCCUUCAGACCUGAUAGAGCUGGAUCUGAGUGGAAAUAAACUAGGAAACUCUGGAAUAAAGAAGAUCUGUCCUCUGUUGGAAAAUACAGAAUGCAGAUUAGAGAAACUGAAACUUUCAGACUGCAGUAUCACAGAAGAAGGUUAUAAAGCUCUGGCUUCAGCUCUGAGAUCAAACCCUUCACACCUGAUAGAGCUGGAUCUCACAGGAAAUGAUCCUGGACAAUCAGGAGUGAAGGAGCUCAAUGAUUUACUGCAGGUUGAACACUGUACAUUAAAGACCAUCAGGUUUCUGAAAAGUCCUGCUGCACAGGAAGCGUGUGAGUAUCUCACUAAAGUUCUGGGUAAAAGUCCAUUAUUACUGACAGAACUGGAUCUGAGUGAAGAUAAAUUAGGAGAUCUGGAUGGAGAGAAACUCUCUGCUCUUUUGAUGGACUCUCAUAGCAAAGUGGAGAAAAUCAAGCUGAAUAAUUGUGAGCUGACAGAGAAAAGCUGUUCAGUUCUAGCUACUGUUCUCUCCUCCAAAACCAUCCUGAAAGAGCUGAACCUGAACAACAGCCAUCUGCUGGACUCAGGAGUCAGAGAGAUCUGUGAGGGACUGAAGAAUCCUGUGUGUCAGCUGGAGAUACUCAAACUUUCAGACUGCAGUAUCACAGAAGAAGGUUAUAAAUCUCUGGCUUCAGCUCUGAAAUCAAACUCACACCUGAUAGACCUGGAUCUCACAGGAAAUGAUCCUGGACAAUCAGGAGUGGAACACCUCAUUCAUGUACAAAAGACUUCAUGCCAUUCACUGAAAACACUGAGGAUAUUACAAAGCCCUGCAGCAGAUGAAGCCUGUCAGUAUGUGAGAGAAAUUUUGGGUGAAAAUCCGUUAUUCCUCAGUGGGCUAAAUCUGAGUGGACAUAAACUAAGAGACACACGAGUGAAUCAGAUCGCUGCUUUACUGCAGGACAAACACUGUACAGUCAACACACUGAUACUGCGUAAUUGUGGUCUAACAGAGGAAAGCUGUUCAGCUCUCGCUGCAGUCCUGAGAUCAAACUCCAGUCUGAAAGAGCUUGACAUCAGCAACAAUAAUCUGCAGGAUUCAGGAGUGAAGAAGCUCCAGAACGGAUUAGAACACAAAAACUGCACACUGGAGAAACUCAGACUUUCAGACUGCAGUAUCACAGAAGAAGGUUAUAAAGCUCUGGCUUCAGCUCUGAGAUCAAACCCUUCACACCUGAUAGAGCUGGAUCUCACAGGAAAUGAUCCUGGACAAUCAGGAGUGAAGGAGCUUGAUGAUGUACUACAGGAUCCAGGAUGUCAACUCAAGACACUGAGGUUUUUGAGUCCUCCUGCAGAUGAAGCCUGUCAGUUUAUGAACAAAGUUCUGGGUGAAAAUCUUUUACUCCUCAGAGAGCUAAAUCUGAGUGAACAUAAACUAGAACCCUCAGGAUUGAAGAAACUUGCUGCUGUACUGCCGGAUAAACACUGUAAACUCAACACACUGAUUCUGAAUAACAGCAAUAUCACAGAUGAAGAUUGUCGUGUUCUGACUGAAGCUUUAAAUUCAAACCCAUCAAAUCUGACAGAGCUGAAUCUGAGUGGGACUGAACUGAGAGACUCAGGAUUGAAGAUCUUUUUUACGCUGUUCAAAAAUGAGCAGUGUCAACUGCAAAAGCUGAAGUUAAACUGCAGCAGUAUUACAGCAGAAGGUUGUUCUGUUCUGGCGUCAGCAUUUUGUUUAAACCUGAAAGAGCUGGAACUGAAUAAAAAUAAACUAGGAGACUCUGGAGUAACACAAAUCUCCACUCUACUGGGAAAUUCACAAUGUACACUGAAGAUACUCAGACUUUCAGACUGCAGUAUCAGUGAAGAAGGUUAUAAAUCUCUGGCUUCAGCUCUGAGAUCAAACCCUUCACACCUGAUAGAGCUGGAUCUCACAGGAAAUGAUCCUGGACAAUCAGGAGUGAAGGAGCUUGAUAAUUUACUACAGGAUCAGAAUUGUCAACUCAAGACACUGAGGUUUUUGAGUCCUCCUGCAGAUGAAGCCUGUCAGUUUAUGAACAAAGUUCUGGGUGAAAAUCUUUUACUCCUCAGAGAGCUGAAUCUGAGUGAACAUAAACUAGAACCCUCAGGAUUGAAGAAACUUGCUGCUGUACUGCCGGAUAAACACUGUAAGCUCAACACACUGAUUCUGAAUAACAGCAAUAUCACAGAUGAAGAUUGUCGUGUUCUGACUGAAGCUUUAAAUUCAAACCCAUCAAAUCUGACAGAGCUGAAUCUGAGUGGGACUGAACUGAGAGACUCAGGAUUGAAGAUCUUUUUUACGCUGUUCAAAAAUGAGCAGUGUCAACUGCAAAAGCUGAAGUUAAACUGCAGCAGUAUUACAGCAGAAGGUUGUUCUGUUCUGGCGUCAGCAUUUUGUUUAAACCUGAAAGAGCUGGAACUGAAUAAAAAUAAACUAGGAGACUCUGGAGUAACACAAAUCUCCACUCUACUGGGAAAUUCACAAUGUACACUGAAGAUACUCAGACUUUCAGACUGCAGUAUCAGUGAAGAAGGUUAUAAAUCUCUGGCUUCAGCUCUGAGAUCAAACCCUUCACACCUGAUAGAGCUGGAUCUCACAGGAAAUGAUCCUGGACAAUCAGGAGUGAAGGAGCUUGAUAAUUUACUACAGGAUCAGAAUUGUCAACUCAAGACACUGAGGUUUCUGAAAAGCCCUGCUGCACAGGAAGCGUGUGAGUAUCUCAUGAAAGUUCUGGGUAAAAGUCCAUUAUUACUGACAGAACUGGAUCUGAGUGACGAUAAAUUAGGAGAUCUGGAUGGGGAGAAGCUCUCUGCUCUUUUGAUGGACUCUCAUAGUAAAGUGGAGAAAAUCAAGCUGAAUAAUUGUGAGCAGACAGAGAACAGCUGUUCAGUUCUAGCUACUGUUCUCUCCUCCAAAACCAUCCUGAAAGAGCUGAACCUAAACAGUAGCCAUCUGCUGGACUCAGGAGUCAAUGAGAUCUGUGAGGGACUGAAGAAUCCUGUGUGUCAGCUGGAGAUACUCAAGCUCAGUGAGUGUUUUCUAACAAAGGAAAGCUGUUCAGCUCUGGCUUCAGUUCUCAGUUCAGACUCCAGCAGUCUGAAGGAUCUUGACCUGAGCAAUAAUCAGAAUUUACAGGAUUCGGGAGUGAAGCUGCUCUCUAAUGGACUGAAAGCAAACUGUAAACUGGAGAAACUCAUACUUUCAAACUGCAGUAUCACAGAAGAAGGUUAUAAAUCUCUGGCUUCAGCUCUGAGAUUAAACCCUUCACACCUGAUAGAGCUGGAUCUCACAGGAAAUGAUCCUGGACAAUCAGGAGUGAAGGAGCUCAAUGAUUUACUACAGGAUCAGAACUAUCAACUCAAGACACUGAGGUUUUUGGGUCCUGCUGCAGAUGAAGCAUGUCAGUAUGUGAGAGACAUUGUGGGUAAAAAUCCGUUACUCCUGAGUGAGCUGAAUCUGAGUGGACAUAAAUUAGGAGACACACAAAUGAAUCAGAUUGCUGCUCUACUGCAGGAUAAACACUGUACAGUCAACAGACUGAUGCUGAAUAAUAACAGUAUUACAGCAGAAGGUUGUGCUGCUCUGACUUCAGCGUUUAAUUCAAACCCUUCAAACCUGAUAGAGCUGGAUCUGAGUGGAAAUAAACUAGGAAACUCUGGAAUAAUGAAGAUCUGUCAUCUGUUGGAAAAUACAGAAUGCAGAUUGAUGAAACUGAAACUUUCAGACUGCAGUAUCACAGAAGAAGGAUAUAAAACUUUGACUUCAUCUCUGAAAUCAAACUCAAACCUGAUAGAACUGGAUCUCACAGCAAAUAAUCCUGGACGAUCAGGAGUGAAGGGGCUCAUUGAUUUACUGCGUCUUGAAUGCUGUGAAUUAAAGACCAUCAGGUUUCUGAAAAGUCCUGCUGCACAGGAAGCGUGUGACUAUCUCACUGAAGUUCUGGGUAAAAGUCCAUUAUUACUGACAGAACUGGAUCUGAGUGAAGAUAAAUUAGGAGAUCUGGAUGGAGAGAAACUCUCUGCUCUUUUGAUGGAUUCUCAUAGCAAAGUGGAGAUAAUCAAGCUGAAUAAUUGUAAGCUGAUAGAGAAAAUCUGUUCAGUUCUAGCCACUGUUCUCUCCACCAAAACCAUCCUGAAAGAGCUGAACCUGAACAAUAGCCAUCUGCUGGACUCAGGAGUCAAAGAGAUCUGUGAGGGACUGAAGAAAUCAACACUGAAGAUACUCAAACUUUCAAACUGCAGUAUCACUGAAGAAGGUUAUAAAGCUCUGGCUUCAGCUCUGAAAUCAAACUCACAUCUGUUAGAGCUGGAUCUCACAGGAAAUGAUCCUGGACGAUCAGGAGUGAAAGAACUCAUUGAUUUACAGAGUUGGUGGUAUUCAUUUAAAAGACUGAGGACUACACCACUGGUCUUCAAGUUUUUGGGUCCUGAUGCAGAUAAAGCCUGUCAGUAUUUGACUGGAAUUGUGGGUGAAAACCCGUUACUCCUGAGUGAGCUGAAUCUGAAUGGACGUAAACUAGGAGACACACGAGUGAAUCAGAUUGCUGCUCUACUGCAGGAUAAACACUGUAAACUCAACACACUGAAGCUGUGUGAUUGUGGUCUAACAGAGGAAAACUGUUCAGCUCUCGCUACAGUCCUGACAUCAAACUCCAGUCUGAAAGAGCUUGACAUCAGCAGCAAUAAUCUGCAGGAUUCAGGAGUGAAGAAACUCCAGAACGCAUUCGAAAAUACAAACUGCACACUGGAGAAACUCAGACUUUCAGACUGCAGUAUCACAGAAGAAGGUUAUAAAGCUCUGGCUUCAGCUCUGAGAUCAAACCCUUCACACCUGAUAGAGCUGGAUCUCACAGGAAAUGAUCCUGGACAAUCAGGAGUGAAGGAGCUCAAUGAUUUACUACAGGAUGACAAGUGUCAACUCAAGACACUGAGGUUUUUGGGUCCUAAAGCAGAUAAAGCAUGUCAGUAUGUGAGAGGAAUUGUGGGUGAAAACCCGUUACUCCUGAGUGAGCUGAAUCUGAGUGAACGUAAACUAGGAAACGGAAACGUGAAUCAGAUCACUGCUCUACUGCAGGACAAACACUGUACAGUCAAAACACUGAUGCUGAAUAAUAACAGAAUUACAGCAGAAGGUUGUGCUGCUCUAACUUCAGCUUUUAAUUCAAACCCUUCAAACCUGAUAGAGCUGGAUCUGAGUGGAAAUAAACUAGAAAACUCAGGAAUGGAGAAGAUCUGUCAUCUGUUUAAAAAUACACAAUGCAGAUUGGAGAGAUUGAAGCUGUGUGAUUGUGGUCUAACAGAGGAAAACUGUUCAGCUCUCGCUACAGUCCUGAGAUCAAACUCCAGUCUGAAAGAGCUUGAUAUCAGCAACAAUAAUCUGCAGGAUUCAGGAGUGAAGAAACUCCAGAACGCAUUAGAAAAUACAAACUGCACACUGGAGAAACUCAGACUUUCAGACUGCAGUAUCAGAGAAGAAGGUUAUAAAGCUCUGGCUUCAGCUCUGAGAUCAAACCCUUCACACCUGAUAGAGCUGGAUCUCACAGGAAAUGAUCCUGGACAAUCAGGAGUGAAGGAGCUUGAUGAUUUACUACGGGAUCAGAAGUGUCAACUCAAUACACUGAGGUUUUUGGGUCGUGAUGCAGAUGAAGCCUGCCAGUUUGUGACUGGAAUUGUGGUUAAAAACCCGUUACUCCUGAGAGAGCUGAAUCUGAGUAAACGUGAACUAGGAGACAGAAAUGUGAAGCAGAUCGCUGCUCUACUGCAGGACAAACACUGUACAGUCAAAACACUCCAGCUGAAUAAUAACAGUAUUACAGCAGAAGGUUGUGCUGCUCUGACUUCAGCGUUUAAUUCAAACCCUUCAAACCUGAUAGAGCUGGAUCUGAGUGGAAAUAAACUGGGAGACUCCGGAAUAAAGAAGAUCUGUCAUCUGUUGGAAAAUACACAAUGCAAAAUGGAAAAACUGAAACUUUCAGACUGCAGUAUCACAGAAGGAGGUUAUAAAGCUCUGGCUUCAGCUCUGAGAUCAAACCCUUCACACCUGACAGAGCUGGAUCUCACAGGAAAUGAUCCUGGACAAUCAGGAGUGAAGGAGCUCGAUGAUUUACUACAGGAUAAACGCUGUUCAUUAAAGUUCAUCAAGUUUCUGAAGAGUACUGCUGCAAUGGAGGUGUGCGAAUAUCUUACUAAAUUUCUGCAUAAAAGUCCAUUAUUACUGACAGAACUGGAUCUGAGUAAAGUUAAAUUAGGAGAUCUGGAUGGAGAGAAAUUCUCUGCUCUUCUGAUGGACUCUCAUAGCAAAGUGGAGAAAAUCAAGUUGAAUAAUUGUGAGCUGACAGAGAAAAGCUGUUCAGUUCUAGCUACUGUUCUCUCCUCCAAAACCAUCCUGAAAGAGCUUAACCUAAACAAUAGCCGUCUGCUGGACUCAGGAGUCAAAGAGAUCUGUGAGGGACUGAAGAAAUCAAUGCUGAAGAUACUCAAGCUCAGUGAGUGUGAUCUAACAGAGGAAAGCUGUUCAGCUCUUGCUUCAGUUCUCAGUUCAGACUCCAGCAGUCUGAAGAAUCUUGACUUGAGCAAUAAUAAUCUCCAGGAUUCAGUAGUGAAGCUGCUCUCUGAUGGACUGAAAAAUAACUGUAAACUGGAGAAACUCAGACUUUCAGACUGCAGUAUCACAGAAGAAGGUUAUAAAGCUCUGGCUUCAGCUCUGAGAUCAAACCCUUCACACCUGAUAGAGCUGGAUCUCACAGGAAAUGAUCCUGGACAAUCAGGAGUGAAGGAGCUCAAUGAUUUACUACAGGAUGACUCUUUUAAAUUAAGUCGCAUCAGAUAUUUGAAAAGUCCUGCUGCACUGGAAGCGUGUGAGUAUCUCACUAAAGUUCUUGGUAUAAGUCCAUUAUUACUGACAGAACUGGACCUGAGUGAAGAUAAAUUAGGAGAUCUGGAUUGGGAGAAUCUCUCUGCUCUUUUGAUGGACUCUCAUAGCAAAGUGGAGAAAAUCAAGCUGAAUAAUUGUGGUCUGACAGAGAAAAGCUGUUCAGUUCUAGCUACUGUUCUCUCCUCCAAAACCAUCCUGAAAGAGCUGAACCUGAACAAGAGCCAUAUGCUGGACUCAGGAGUCAAAGAGAUCUGUGAGGGACUGAAGAAUGCUGUGUGUGAGCUGAAGAUACUCAAACUUUCAGACUGCAGUAUCACAGAAGAAGGUUAUAAAGCUCUGGCUUCAGCUCUGAGAUCAAACCCUUCACACCUGAUAGAGCUGGAUCUCACAGGAAAUGAUCCUGGACAAUCAGGAGUGAAGGAGCUCAAUGAUUUACUACAGGAUCCAGACUUUCAACUCAAGACACUGAGGUUGUUACAAAGUCCUGAUGCAGAAGAAGCCUGUAAAUAUCUGACUGAAGAUCUUCACAUUAAAAACCUGUUACUCCAGAGAGAGCUGAAUCUAAGUGGACAUGAACUAGGAGACACACGAGUGAAUCAGAUCGCUGCUCUACUGCAGGAUAAACACUGUACAGUCAACAGACUGAUGAUGCGUGAUUGUGGUCUAACAGAGAAAAGCUGUUCAGCUCUCGCUACAGUCCUGAGAUCAAACUCCAGUCUGAAAGAGCUUGACAUCAGCAACAAUAAUCUGCAGAAUUCAGGAGUGAAGAAACUCCAGAAGGGAUUAGAAAAUAUAAACUGCACACUGGAGAAACUCAGACUUUCAGACUGCAGUAUCACAGAAGGAGGUUAUAAAGCUCUGGCUUCAGCUCUGAGAUCAAACCCUUCACACCUGAUAGAGCUGGAUCUCACAGGAAAUGAUCCUGGACAAUCAGGAGUGAAGGAGCUUGAUGAUUUACUACAGGAUACGAAAUGUCAACUCAAGACACUGAGGUUUUUGGGCCCUGCUGCAGAUAAAGCCUGUCAGUAUGUGAGCGGAAUUGUGGGUAAAAACCCAUUAAUUCUGAGAGAGCUGAAUCUGAGUGAAUGUGAACUAAAAGACACACGAGUGCAUCAGAUCGCUGCUCUACUGAAGGAUAAACACUGUAAACUCAACACACUGAUUCUGAAUAACAGUGAUAUCACAUCAGAAGAUUGUCGUGUUCUGACUGAAGCUUUAAAUACAAACCCGUCAAAUCUGACAGAGCUGAAUCUGAGUGGGACUAAACUCAGAGACUCAGGAAUGAAGAUCUUCUCGACUCUGUUUGAGAAUGAACAGUGUAGACUGAAAAAGCUGAAGUUUAACUGCAUCAGUAUUACAGCAGAAGGUUGUGCUGCUCUGACUAAAGCUUUUAAUUCAAGCCCUUCAAACCUGAUAGAGCUGGAUCUGAGUGGAAAUAAACUAGGAGACUCUGGAGUAACACAAAUCUCCAAUGUACUUGGAAAUCCACAGUGUGCACUACAGAUACUCAGACUUUCAGACUGCAGUAUCACAGAAGAAGGUUAUAAAGCUCUGGCUUCAGCUCUGAGAUCAAACCCUUCACACCUGAAAGAGCUGGAUCUCACAGGAAAUGAUCCUGGACAAUCAGGAGUGAAGGAGCUCGAUGAUUUACUACAGGAUCAGAAGUGUCAGCUCAAGACACUGAGGUUUUUGGGUCCUGAAGCAGAUAAAGCCUGCCAGUAUGUGAGAGGAAUUGUGGGUAAAAACCCGUUACUCCUGAGAGAGCUGAAACUGAGUGGACGUAAACUAGGAGACACACGAGUGAAUCAGAUCGCUGCUCUACUGCAGGACAAACACUGUACAGUCAACACACUGAUGCUGAAUAACAGUAUUACAGCAGAAGGUUGUGCUGCUCUGACUUCAGCGCUUAAUUCAAACCCUUCAAACCUAAUAGAGCUGGAUCUGAGUGGAAAUAAACUAGGAGACUCAGGAAUUGAGAAGAUCUGUCUUCUGUUGAAAAAUACACAAUGCAGAUUAGAGAAACUGAAACUUUCAGACUGCAGUAUCAGUGAAGAAGGUUAUAAAGCUCUGGCUUCAGCUCUGAGAUCAAACCCUUCACACCUGAAAGAGCUGGAUCUCACAGGAAAUGAUCCUGGACAAUCAGGAGUGAAGGAGCUCAAUGAUUUACUACAGAAUGACUCCUGUAAAUUAACCAUCAGGUUUUUGAAAAGUCCUGCUGCGCAGAAAGCAUGCGAGUAUCUCACUAAAGUUCUGGGUAAAAGUCCAUUAUUACUGACAGAACUGGAUCUGAGUGAAGAUAAAGUAGGAGAUCUGGGUGGAGAAAAGCUUUCUGCUCUUUUGAUGGACUCUCAUAGCAAAGUCGUGAAAAUCAAGCUGAAUAAUUGUGGUCUGAAAGAGAAAAGCUGUUCAGUUCUAGCUACUGUUCUCUCCUCCAAAACCAUCCUGAAAGAGCUGAACCUGAACAACAGCCGUCUGCUGGACUCAGGAGUCAGAAAGAUCUGUGAGGGACUGAAGACUCGUGUGUGUCAGCUGAAGAUACUCAAACUUUCAGACUGCAGUAUCACAGAAGAAGGUUAUAAAGCUCUGGCUUCAGCUCUGAGAUCAAACCCUUCUCACCUGAUAGAGCUGGAUCUCACAGGAAAUGAUCCUGGACAAUCAGGAGUGAAGGAGCUCGAUGAUUUACUACAGGAUCAGAACUGUCAACUCAAGACACUGAGGUUGUUACAAAGUCCUGAUGCAGAAAAAGCCUGUAAAUAUCUGACUGAUGAUCUUCACAUUAAAAACCCGUUACUCCUGAGAGAGCUGAAUCUGAUUGGACGUAAACUAGGAGACACACGAGUGAAUCAGAUCGCUGCUCUACUGCAGGAUAAACACUGUAAACUCAACACACUGACGCUGCGUGAUUGUGGUCUAACAGAGAAAAGCUGUUCAGCUCUCGCUACAGUCCUGACAUCAAACUCCAGUCUGAAAGAGCUUGACAUCAGCAACAAUAAUCUGCAGGAUUCAGGAGUGAAGAAACUCCAGAACGCAUUAGAAAAUACAAACUGCACACUGAAGAAACUCAGACUGUCAGACUGCAGUAUCAGAGAAGAAGGUUAUAAAGCUCUGGCUUCAGCUCUGAGAUUAAACCCUUCACACCUGAUAGAGCUGGAUCUCACAGGAAAUGAUCCUGGACAAUCAGGAGUGAAGGAGCUUCAUGAUUUACUACAGGAUCAGAACUGUCAGAAGACACUGAGGUUCUUGGGUCAUGAUGCUGAUGAAGCCUGUCAGUAUGUGAGAGGAAUUGUGGGUAAAAAUCCCUUAUUCCAGAGAGAGCUGAAUCUGAGUGAACAUAAACUUGACUUUAAAAUAGUAAAGCAGUUCGCUGCUCUACUGCAGGAUAAACAUUGUCAGCUCAACAAACUUCAGCUGAAUAAUAACAGUAUUACAGCAGAAGGUUGUGCUGCUCUGACUUCAGCGCUUAAUUCAAACCCUUCAAACCUGAUAGAGCUGGAUCUGAGUGGAAAUAAACUAGGAAACUCAGGAAUUGAGGAGAUCUGUCCUCUGUUGAAAAAUACACAAUGCAAAAUGGAAAAACUGAAACUUUCAGACUGCAGUAUCACAGAAGAAGGUUAUAAAGCUCUGGCUUCAGCUCUGAGAUCAAACCCUUCACACCUGAAAGAGCUGGAUCUCACAGGAAAUGAUCCUGGACAAUCAGGAGUGAAGGAGCUCGAUGAUUUACUACAGGAUAAACGCUGUUCAUUAAAGACCAUCAGGUUUCUGAAAAGUCCUGCUGCACAGGAAGCGUGUGAGCAUCUCACUAAUGUUCUGAGUAAAAGUCCAUUAUUACUGACAGAACUGGAUCUGAGUGAAGAUAAAUUAGGAGAUCUGGAUGGAGAGAAACUCUCUGCUCUUUUGAUGGACUCUCAUAGCAAAGUGGUGAAAAUCAAGCUGAAUAAUUGUGGUCUGACAGAGAAAAGCUGUUCAGUUCUAGCUACUGUUCUCUCCUCCAAAACCAUCCUGAAAGAGCUGAACCUGAACAACAGCCGUCUGCUGGACUCAGGAGUCAAAGAGAUCUGUGAGGGACUGAAGAAUCCUGUGUGUGAGCUGAAGAUACUCAAACUUUCAGACUGCAGUAUCACAGAAGAAGGUUAUAAAGCUCUGGCUUCAGCUCUGAAAUCAAACCCUUCACACCUGAUAGAGCUGGAUCUCACAGGAAAUGAUCCUGGACAAUUUGGAGUGGAGCACCUCAUUAAUGUACAAAAGACUUGCUGCCGUUCACUGAAAACACUGAGGAUAUUACAAAGCCCUGCAGCAGAUGAAGCCUGUCAGUAUGUGAGAGAAACUUUGGGUAAAAAUCCGUUAUUCCUCAGUGAGCUGAAACUGAGUGGAGAUAAAGUAGGAGACACACGAGCGAAUCAGAUUGCUGCUUUACUGCAGGACAAACACUGUACAGUCAACACACUGAUACUGCGUAAUUGUGGUCUAACAGAGGAAAGCUGUUCAGCUCUCGCUGCAGUCCUGAGAUCAAACUCCAGUCUGAAAGAGCUUGACAUCAGCAACAAUAAUCUGCAGGAUUCAGGAGUGAAGAAGCUCCAGAACGGAUUAGAACACAAAAACUGCACACUGGAGAAACUCAGACUUUCAGACUGCAGUAUCAGAGAAGAAGGUUAUAAAGCUCUGGCUUCAGCUCUGAGAUCAAACCCUUCACACCUGAUAGAGCUGGAUCUCACAGGAAAUGAUCCUGGACAAUCAGGAGUGAAGGAGCUCGAUGAUUUACUACAGGAUGAGAACUGUGAACUCAAGAAUCUGAGGAUUUUGAGAAGUCCUACUGCAGAGGAAGCCUGUAAAUAUUUGACAGAACUUUUGGGUAAAAACCCAUUACUCCUGAGAGAGCUGAAUCUGAGUGGACGUGAACUAGGAGACACACGAGUGAAUCAGAUCGCUGCUCUACUCCAGGAUAAACACUGUCAAUUCAACACUCUCACUCUGUGUGGAUGCAGUAUUACAGAGAAUCAGUGUUACACCCUGACUUCGGCUCUAUUUCCAAACCUUUCACACCUGAGAAAGCUGGACCUCAGUGGGAAUCAGCUAAAAAAUACAGGAGCAAAGCACUUAUCUGGUGUACUGAAAGAUUUGCGCUGUCAGCUGGAGAGAUUGAGGUUAAGAGGCUGUGAUAUGACAGAUGAAGGUUGUUCUGCUGUGGCUUCAGCUCUGAAAUCAAACCCGUCACACCUGAGAGAGCUUGACCUGAGCGGGAAUAAACCAGGAGACUCUGGAUUUAAAGACCUCAGUGAUCUACUGAAGAAACCACAAUGCAAACUGGAAAAUCUACAGUUAAGAGGCUGUGAUAUGACAGAUAAAGGUUGUUCUGCUAUGGCUUCAGCUCUGAAAUCAAACCCGUCACACCUGAGAGAGCUUGACCUGAGCGGGAAUAAACUAGGAGACUCUGGAUUUAAAGACCUCAGUGAUCUACUGAGGAAACCACAAUGCAAACUGGAAAAUCUACAAUUGUGUAAAUGCAGUAUUAAAGAGAAGCAGUGUGGCUUCCUGACUUCAGCUCUGAAAUCAAACCCAUCACACCUGAGAGAGCUGAACCUCAGUGGCAAUGUACUAAAACACACAAGAGUAAAGCAUUUUUAUGAUCUACUGAAGGAUUCACGCUGUAAACUGGAGAGAUUGAGGUUAAGAUCCUGUGAAAUAACAGCUGAAGAUUGUUCUGAUGUGACUUCAGCUCUGAAAUCAAACCCAUCACACCUGAGAGAGCUGGACCUGAGCGGGAAUAAACUAGGAGACUCUGGAGUUGAUAAUCUUGGUUUUGUGCUGAGCAGUUUACAGUGCAAGCUGGAGAAACUACAUCUGUGUGGAUGCAGUAUUACAGAGAAACAGUGUCUCAUCCUGACUGAAGCACUGUGUUAUAAUCUUUCACACCUGAGAGAGCUGGACUUCAGUGGGAAUCAAAUAGAAAACAAAGGAGUGAAUCACUUAUGUGAAGUACUGAUGAAUCCACGCUGUAAACUGGAGAGAUUGAGUCUAAAUGAGUGUGGCAUCACAGAUGUGUCUUCUUUAGCUCAGUCUUUGACAAACACAAAAGCACUGCAGUUUUUAAAAGAGCUUGAUCUGAGUAAAAAUAACAUCGGAUCCUCCAGGCAGCAGCUCAUUGACCUGAUACAAGACUCAAGCUGUAACCUGAGCCUAGAGAAAGAAGGCUGGUCUAGCUGGAACACUGCUGCAAACGUGAUCAGUGGCAUUAGUGGAUGGUUUACUCGGUCUAAAGCCCAGGAGGAACCUGUGAAAUCAACAGCACAAGAAAAGCCACCAUCAGAUGAAAGAUCCUCAGAAGAGGAAGGAGAGAAGUCUGAUUUCAGCUCAGAGGUGGAUUAGCAGGAAUAUGAGUCUCCAGUAUAAGACCUUCAUCAUCAUGAUGUUAGGAUUAAACUCAUCCAUAAUGAAGCAAUUAAAAAAUUGCUAAUUGUUUUAAUGACAAUUAAAUAUAUUAAAUGAUAUAAACAGUCUAAAAUUAAAAUGACAUCAUUGUGUGAUACAUAGGCAAAGAUUUAAAUCAGUCCUAUCUAUGUCAUAUGUAUAUAUUUCUUUAUAUCAUUAUUUUACUUUGAUAUGUUUUACAAUUAUAUUUCUCUUACAUAUACAGAAUAUUUAUUUUUAUUGAUAUUUUUUUAUUUGUAUUUUUUUAUUUGUAUGAAACUGCUUAAAUAUGUCUCUGUACAUAAGACAACAAAGCUUUGACUGACAUACAGAUAAAGCCUGUUAUCCCACACCAGCCCAGACUAAGAUUUAAUACUGACAGCAUUCAUGUACCCAUAAUUCACUGCAUUUUAAGUUACAGCUUUCGCAUUCACUAGUCUAGAUAUUCUAUCCAGUGCUUUUUGUUCAGCAAUUAUAAUUUUCUCAGUUGCCAUUGUAUUGUAUUUUAUUAUGUGUUAACAUAUUGUGUAAAUAUACAAGUAAAAACUUGAUUAUUUUAUUUACUUUAAAAAGUUCAUUAGUUCAGUACCCUUCAUUUUAGUGUAACUGGUAUUAAGAUGCAACAGCAGCUACAGAGCGAUUCUGCAGUUUCUCAAGCUCACCACUAGAGGUCAACACAAUAUCAUGUGAAGAAUAAGCAAACGAUUUUAUCAUGUCACAAGCCCAAAACUGUAAAAACAGUGCUGUACAGCUAUUAUGUCUUCCUUUAUAAAAUAUGAUUUAAAAUUUUCGCUGAACGAUACAUUUUUAUAUUAGUGACCAUGCUGUCGAUCUUGUUGUCAAUUGUUUUGUUGCAUUGUUAAAAAAAAAAAAUCACAAAAACAAAUUUCUCAAGAUUUUGCCUAGAUUUGAUGUCUUUCUUGCUGAGAUUUUGCUUGUUGUGAAAUCUCUUAAACUCAUUGAUAAUAAGAAUAACAAGUUUUUUAAGACAUGGUGAUAUUAUUCAUACUGAUUGAGGUGUUAUUGUUUUUGUUUGUUUGUUUUUUUUUAUUUAUUUUUUUUAUUGUAUUUCAAUGCAGUGCUUUUUUCUGCAAUUAAAAAAAAAAAACACAGUUCUGUACA